AUGGCAAUGGAUAUCUUAGAACGCCUGUGUUCAUGCUUGGUUCCUCCCAGUGUGAAGACUAGUACAAGAACAAACCAAAAAGCUGCUGACUUCAGUGUCAAACAUGUUGAAAAAUGCCCAGCUCUUCCAACAGCUGAGUUUGCUGAUGUUACUGCUAAAGUGUAUCAACUGGGGACCAGACUGUAUUAUGAAUGUGACAGUGGCUACAAGAGAAGGAGUGGCCAACAUUCAGUAAUUCGGUGUCAGAGUGUAAAGCAGGGUGCUUCUUGGGACUACAAGGAAUUUGAAUGCAUUGCAAAUCUAACUUCUCCCACAGAUGAGAAAACUUUGUUGUCAACAGCUCCCACCACAAAGUCAGAUUUUACUCAGAAGCCAGAGAGAAAAACACCCCAGAAGCAAGAAAACUUUUCAGAGUUUGACCAGAAAGAUCAAGAGGUAAUUGCUAAAGAUUUGUGUGGUCCUCCCAGGACUAUUCCACAUGCCUCUUUAAGCCCAAACAAAAAGUUUUAUGUGGGGCAAGUGCUGCAUUUCAAAUGCCAGAGGGGUUAUGACAAGCGACCUCCCACCUCUGGCACCCGCACCUGCAAGAAGGAAAAUGGCAAAAUCAUCUGGACCCACCUUGACAUGAGAUGCACCAAUGACAGCAAUGAGUGGCCACCACAGACUACUGAGCUAGCUUCGACUCAUCCAUCCUUCUCCUCAUCUGUGAUGCUGCCAGUGACAGCAAUCUUUUUUGUUCUGUUCAUCAUCCCUGCUGUCUUCAUGUGA